UCAGUAUACAGCAAAUGAUCGCACAUGUGAACAGCUGAUUUUUGUUUACCUAUUAUGUGUCGAUAGUCCUCGCCAAUUGCUUGUCGAAAUGGGUACUGCUGAAGGAGAGAACCUCACACCAUUGAUACCCAUGCCUGCUAAGAAUGUAGAUAAGAAAUGUGAGAUGUGCAAGCAGGAACCGUCCAAGUACACCUGUCCAAGAUGCCUGAUAAAGACAUGCUGCCUAUCAUGUGUGAAGACCCACAAGUCUCAGAGAGGAUGUUCUGGUGUUAGAGAUAAGACUGCAUACGUUCCUAUCAAGAAGUUCACAGAGGAUCACCUUUUGAGCGAUUACCGAUUGUUAGAAGACAUAGACAGGAAGCGUUAUUCUGCUCAGCAAGAUGUGAAAAGCAAACCAGGCUACUUGAACUUUAGAUGGAAGCUUGUGAUUAAAAAGGCAGCUGAGAGAGGUGUAAGGCUGAGACUGUUACCACAUUUCUUCUCGAAGCACAAAGAAAACUCCACAACAUUUUUAAAGAAACCCAAGGUGUUAGCUUGGCAUGUGAAGUGGAUUUUUCCUCUUUCUGGUGCUGAAUUCACAGACAUAAGGCUGAACGAGGACGUCAUUUUGAGAGAAGCGUUAGACAAGUAUCUUCAUCCUCAAAAAGCCGAUCCUGUCAUCCUUCAAAGAUUAAAGAAGUACUGUUCCAGAGGAAUGGAUGAUGUAAUGGUUUAUCUGAAGGUUGAGGACACACCUGCUAACACUGUAAGGUACCACAGCAUAGGUUUAGAUAGGACUCUUGGUGCUAACCUAAAAGGGAAGAUUGUUGUAGAGUACCCAACAUUCCAUGUUGUAUUACGAGAGAAUGCUGAAGAUUAUCAUUGGCAUGAUGAUGAUAAUGAAUCCCAUCCAAGUUCUUCAGAAUCAAGUGGUAACUCAACAGAUCUAAACCUGACCAAGGAAGAAAAGGAUAUUGGAGAAAAGGAAAUACUUCCAGGAGAAUCAACGUCACAUCGAGAAGAUGAUAGGACUCAGCCUACCAAUAUACAGGACCAAAAUAUAGAUGAUGGUCCCCCGGAAGAAACACCAUCACACCAAGUGGAAGAUACCAGAUGAAAGUGAACAAAAUAAGAACUGUAAUUUCUGAAGGUUUCCAUGGCAAAGAAGGAAAGAGGGUAGAGGUUUCGCGGUACACCAUUAAUUCUUUUUGUGGGAAAGUAUUAGUCCUGAAAAUGACCACCCAUGAUGAAAAUGAGUAUACAUAGCUUUCUUUUACAACUUUUGCUCAUUCUCUUAUAGUCGGCAAGAAAGCACUUGCUGAAAUGUCAAGUUUGGGUAGUCCUUUUGAGGACCAACACAUACCCACAAAAGAAUACAUGUUGUACUGUGACAUUAAGAACUGUUGCAUUCUUAGGUCAACUUGAAAGGUCAUAGAUUCACCAUUUUUUUUUUUUUCAUCAUUCAUCCCUAAAUACAUUAUCAUUCUUAUCAUGUGUAUCAAAUUCCAAGAGUUGAUACCUUAAAUUCAAGGUUUUAAAUUGAAUUAUGUUUCUUAAAUAUUUUGACUUCAAAGUGAAAUUUGUCACCUCCUUUAUUGUGUGUGCACUUGCAGUGCGUACAAAGUCUUUUACAGUGGGAAGAUGUCACCAGCAGUGACAAACUAAACAGCAUUAAAUAGAAUGGUGUCAAAUGUCAUGAUAAUGCCAAUAUUCUUUCCUUUUCCUUUAACUUUAUAAUUCAUUUAUUAAAUAAAUGUAAGCGAAUGAAGUCAGAUGGUACUUCUCGAACCCAAAGCCCAAUGUCAACCCAUCAGUCCUAUCUGUCUUACCCUUUAAUGUCAUAAAUACAUGUGUACCAAAUCACCAUUGCAUUUGGGCUCAGCUUCAUGAAACAGGUUCAAGUCUCAGGUUCAUGUACAUUCCAUCAAAAUGCCUACAAUGAGUAUGUGUUCCAUGGAGUGGUCAAUAACUAAAUCCUGUGACAGUUUUGUGAAAUGGGGUCCCUGACUGUUCUGACUCUAGUUGAACAUGUCUUUCUGGAUUUGUUAUGCCUAUUCACAUAUAUUUAUUGAGAGGAUGCCAUUUUAGUAUGUUUGCUAUUGUCUACAUACCUUCCAAAUAAAGGUUCUUGAUGAAUUGUGGGCUUGUUAGAAGAGUGCCAGAAAUAGCAACAAGUGAUAAAUGCAAACUAGAUUCCAAGUAUUUGUUGAACAUUGCAUAAUGAAAUACCUUAUAAUGAAGUACAGUUAUCAGGUCCAGGAAAGAACUGUUUAUAAUUUUAAUUACUUUUUUGAGAUAUGUCUAUUUACUUGUUCAAUAGUUCAUUGCUUUUAACAGUUUUUGUUUCCUCGGGUCUAAUAAUGAUAUUAAUUAGCCUGAAUGAACUAUCAUUAGGAAUCCACUUUGCAAGUAUAAUAUUAUAUGUUGGGCAAGCUCUUGGGUUGUUUGGAACAACUAACCGCCCUUUCAAACGGUAAAAAAAAAUCGUAAUUUGAAUGAUUCCAGUGAAAAAUAUGGCUAAUGACGAAUAUUUAACACGUGUGAAACCAAACUAGAACGUGAUUAGAAUCACGAACGCUAAUCACAGUCACGAUAACAAUAGGAAUCAUCAUUACAAUGAUGAUUCAAGAUUCAUGUGUGAAGAGGCCCUAUGAUAAUUUUUAGGGUGAAGUUCCAACAUGCACCAAAAAAAAAUAACAAAUGCCCAUUUCUGAUGAAGAACAAAACAAGUUACAUCUGCACUGUUGCUGUGGUGUGUGAUAUUUAAAGUUGCCUGGAAAAAAUAGCCUUUAUACUAUGGAUGAAUUUAACAGGGGGGGGGGGGGCUAGAUGCAUUUCUUUGUCGGGUCACGAGUUCUCAAUUGUUCGGCAUACCAUAGAGGUAUGCCACGUUUGAUGCCACAGGAAUUAAAUGUAUAAGACACCAAAUGCUUGAUUGGAUUUUUCUUGCAGGUUUUGUUGACAAAAAGAUUCCUGCCUAUAGACUACAGAGUUAUUGGCUAGAUACAAAAGGAAAUAUGCUUCUGUAAUGAUAAAAACUUUCACUGUCUCUGGUCGGGUAAUCAAGUUUUUCGCAACUGCAACAGGGACAGAUUUAAGGACACGGUAAAUGUAUUGAAAAUGCCCGUCAAAUGACAAAGAACAGCUGGGAGGCCUUUGUCGAAAAUUGGUAAACGGGAAGAGUAGCUUCAUCCUAAGAUUCUGAGCUGGCGACAAAUUACAAAUAUGUUGUUUGUCCGGAAGCCAUGAUGAAAUUGCUCUUUUGAUUCACCAAUUUUUCGACAGACUUCAUGGUUGUGCUUGUCAUGAAGGGCAUUUGACAAUAUAUUUUCUAUGUUCUUGAAUCCGUCGUGCGUCAUGGAAACGAAACUCCCUGAUAUGAGCAGACACAUAGCUCACUUUUACAAGGGGACAGCAAUCAUAUUUCCUCUUGUAAAUAAAUGAACUCAAAUUAUUUUCAUUAUUGUUUUUGUAAUAAGGAUUACGUGAAAGUUAAUAAAUUUACGUGAAAGUUGCUUCUUUUAUAUUCAACA